UGGGAAACUCUUCUUUUAAUGAACAAAAUGGGCACUCAAUUAUCCUCUACAUUAGCAAUAUGCACCAUCCUUUUCACAAUCACCGCAUUCACACCGCCGGGAAGUUCCAGCCCGCCGGAGCCCCCCGUGAAAUGCACGUCCCACAACACCAACUGCACCGUCACCAACUCCUACGGCAACUUCACAUCGGACCGGUCCGUCUGCCGGGCCGGCUCGGUCGCCUACCCGGCCACGGAGGCCGAGCUGAUCUCCGUCGUGGCAAACGGCACGCGAGCCCGGCGCAAGAUGAAAGUCACCACCCGGUUCUCCCACAGCAUGCCCAAGCUGGUCUGCCCGGACGGGACCGACGGGCUGCUCAUAAGCACGAACAAGCUCGACCGGAUCCUAGAGAUCGACCCGGCCGGUCUGACCGUCACGGUCCAGAGCGGGGUCCUGACCGGGCAGCUCUACGACGCGCUGGCCCGGGCCGGGCUGGCGCUGGCCCACACGCCGUACUUGAGGGCGCUGACCGUUGGCGGGAUGAUUAGCACGCACGCGCACGGGAGCACGUUUAUGGCGAAAGGCGGAUCGCCGAGUGAUUAUGUUGUUGGUUUGACGAUUGUUAGCCCCGGGAGGAAGGAAGAGGGUUACGUUAAGGUGAGGCAGUUGACGGAGGGAGACGAGGAGCUUGAUGCUGCUAGGGUUUCCCUUGGAGUUCUUGGAGUUAUUAGUAAGAUAACUCUAAAAGUGGAGCCGUUGUUCAAGCGUUCAAUCAGCUUCCGCAAGAGAAGCGACACAGAUCUGGCGCACCGGGCAAUUUCGUUUGGUCGGAAACACGAGUUCGCCGACAUAUCGUGGUACCCCUAUCAACACAGAGCAGUUUACCGGAACGACGAUCGGGUUCCUCUCGAAGUGCCCGGCGAUGGCGCAUACGACUUCUUCCCCAUGCGCAGGGCCCUUUCUUCUUCUUCAAUUUCCAGCAGAGCUACAGGUAACAACUUCACAGGAUACCCAAUCAUCGGGUACCACCACAAGCUCCAAGCCAGCGGGAGCUGCUUCUUCAGCCCAGAGGACAACCUCAAAACCAGCUGCUCGUGGGACCCGCGCAUCGACGGCGCGUUCUUCCACCAGACCACAUUCACCAUCAGCCUUCCGCUGGUCGCCGGCUUCAUCCGCGACGUCCAGAGGCUCGUCGCGAAAAACCCAAAGUCCGUCUGCGCCGUGGACGAGUACAACGGGAUCCUGGUCCGGUUCCACAAGGGUUCGACCGCGUACCUGGGCAAGACCGAGGACGCGGUCGGGUUCGACUUCAGCUACUACCGGAGCCGGGACCCGCUGGCCCCGCGGCUGCACGAGGACGCCAUGGAGGAGAUCGAACAGAUGGCGCUGUUCAGGUACAAUGCGACGCCGCAUUGGGCGAAGAACCGGAGGGUGGCGUUCGAGGGAGUGAUUUCAAAAUACGGGGACGGAGGGGCGAGGUUUUUGCGGGUGAGGGAGGAUUAUGACCCGUUGGGCCUGUUUUCGAGCGAGUGGACGGAUUAUGUUCUUGGGCUUGGGGGAGAUGGGCCGGGCCAAUUGGGGAGUGGUUGCGCGCUGGAUGGGCUGUGUGUUUGUCGGGAGGAUUUGCAUUGUGCGCCGGAGAAGGGGUAUUUUUGUCGGCCGGGGAGAGUGUAUAAGGCGGCUAGGGGAAAUAGACGAGAAAACAAAGACAAUGAGAAAAUGAGUCCGAUUCUACGGAGGACGAAGAAUCCUCCGACCUUCAUUCCCCAACUUCUGAGAUUCGCUAGCAGGUCAAUCAAGUCCUUCAGAUUCCCUGGCGAGCCUCUCGAUUCUUCAUCUAUCACCUAUGGCGUCCAUGUCUUCCAGUGCCCGGAUGGUCGUGGUAUCGUCGCAAAGCUUUCGGAUUGCAUUGCUUCCAGAGGCGGGAACAUACUCGGAGCUGACGUUUUCGUGCCGGAGAACAAAGAGGUUUUCUAUUCCAGAAGUGAGUUCAUUUUCGACCAUGUUAAAUGGCCGCGAGCACAGAUGGAAGAGGAUUUCAUGGAGCUAUCUAGAUCGUUCAAUGCAACGAGAUCUGUUGUCCGGGUUCCCGAUUUGGACCCCAAGUACAAAAUUGCCAUUCUUGCUUCAAAACAGGUAUUAUCUGGUAAGUUUUUAAGGAGCUAUGGGAAAGAUGUAAUUAAUAUUCACCAUGGACUUCUGCCAUCAUUUAAAGGAGGAUUCCCUUCUAAGCAGGCUUUUGAUGCAGGCGUGAAAUUAAUCGGUGCAACAUCUCACUUUGUCACUGAAGAACUUGAUUCAGGGCCUAUUAUUGAACAGAUGGUUGAGAGAGUCACACACAGAGAUAAUCUUCGAAGUUUCAUUCAGAAAUCAGAGAACCUGGAAAAACAAUGCCUUGCCAAAGCUAUAAAGUCUUAUUGUGAACUGAGAGUGUUGCCUUAUGAGCAUAACAAGACUGUCGUCUUUUGAGGUAAAAAGAAGCCUGGAUACUUGCAGUUAGAAGGUAGUUACUUUUGUCUGUACAAUCAACUCAUUCAUUCAAUGAUCUACAGUGAUAGAUCAAACCAGUCGAAGCAACAGUGAACCACAAUGUUGUACAUCUUACAUUUAUUCGACAUGGGAAAUUGAUUUUAGAACUUCUGCAAAUACAUAGUUUUGUGACCUUAGGAGUUUCUGUUGUUUGUUUCUCAUUUAGUUUUGUGACCUUAGGAGUUUCUGUUGUUCGUUUCUCAUUUGUUUGUCCGGAACUCGGACCAAGAACAAAUAAGACUUGGCUUGAGAUGUCUAAUGUAUGCUCUAACCGUAAAUUGUGUUGUAAUUGUCUGGUUUUAGAAUUUGAGUUGGGAAGAGUGUAGAGGAACAAAGAAACUAGAGGUAAAUUUUACCAAAAGAGAUUGCUUCCUUUCUGUUUUCCACAUAUCUCUGCAACAUUUAUUGACAUGGUGAGUUGACUUCAGACCAGAGUACAAGUUCGGUUGUUGAGUUUCUCAUGUACAAAACUGUGGCAGCUGAGACUAAAUGCUGUCGUUUAUGUUCAAGAACUCCAAAGAUCUCUCAGUUGCUUCCAUGCUAUUGACUCGACGUAGCAGGGUUUGAAUCCCAUCGACCCAUUUUUGCUUCUGAAUCUUGCUCUUGCAUUUGAACUCCAGAAGGCCUUGUGCAGUUUUGACUCCAAAGUAGAGCUCUUCGGAACUUUCCCUCUCUUUUCU